AUGGUUGUCAGUGCAUCCGUUUCCGGCACAGGAGCCGUCAAGAGGCCAGCGUCCUCUAUGCAUGAUGAUUAUACUGGAUGGGAAACCGCCCCAGCUAUGGAUGUCACCAUGCGUACAUCUUUCAACCUCCCUUACACCCAUUAUGCAAUGAUCUAUCUCGACAACCUCGGAAGACUUAAGGUUCAGGAAUCUUCGUCUAUCCGGGAAACAAAUGGUACUGUCUUUACCCCUGACGUACAGGAUAAGUUCUUGGAGAUACUUGGAGCAAAGAUUGGGUACCGCAGGCCCACCAUUCGCAAAUACUCAGGUAUGGGAGCAUCGCUAUAUGGCUACCCGCGCCCCGACGACUUUUCUCGCCAUGUAAAGCGACGCAAGCCUUCCUUCCAAGAGCAUGUUCUUGAACCACAUUUUCCUGAACCUGUUGAGGAAGUACCUGCCUCCACAAGUAUGGUAGGCAUUGAGAUCGGGGACACUGAGAAAAUCCUCGAGUACUACGAGAAUGCCCUGAAGCAUUUCCAGCAGCUUAAUUGCCGCCAGAUUGCCAAAGCUUUUAUUAAAUUCAUUGAACCUCGGAAGCAAGUUAAGCAUCCUUACAAUGGAGGCAAGCCCAGAGCUGGAGCUGCCUCGGGUGAGAAGGGAGACCCGGAGAAGACCAAGCCUGAGUGGUGGCCAGCUGGAGUGGUCCACAAGGAGCCCGACCACCUCAGGAAAGAACAACGCAUUCGACUCCUCAUCCAUAUCGUGCGUAAGCUCGGGAAAUUCGGAAUCACCCCCGACAAGCUGCAAGAAGUUGCACAUGAUUCUAAGAGACAACUGAGACCUACCUCGAAGAUUGAGGUCUUAGACGAGGUUUUCAAAGUGCGGAGGAUGGAAGAGAGAUAUGAACUUGGUGAAGUUGAUGCGAACUGUGUCGUUUAUGUCCAGAACAGAGAUGCCAGCACGAAGGACAAAGACUCUGACACCAUCAGUGAGCCAGAACAAAAGUUAGAGCCCGAAGACCUGGAGGAAGCUGAUGACGAGUUCCUCACACCUCCAUCGUCGGCCGAGCAAGCUUCCUCGUUCACGUCCUCCGUGGACAUGACUAUGGGUGGACAUGGCCGCCCUGUGCACAUGGGAGGGGACAGGGGCCAGCUAUUCCCAUUGCCUGAAUCAUUGAGUUUCGGAGAGCAAUCUGCGCAUGAGCGCUCUUAUUACGGUAACUCUGAGUACCCGGAUGAAUACUCCCAUCCUAUUCUUAAGACACCCGUAACGUCGGGACUUGUGACUCCAAACGAACAGCCCAAUGCGUUUGAUUACUUACAGGCGCCAUUCUCAGCUUCAACAACAGGAGAGUCGAUAAUUUCUCACCAGCGCCCAACCGCUUUGCCUAUGCAGCCAUCCGUUAGUCAAUUCGAUGCCUGGACACCAUCCUACCGACAGAGCAUGUUCAACCCUAUGGAGUAUGGCUCUGCGCCCGCUCAGAACAUUCCGCAACAUAUGCCUUACCACAUACCGCUCACUACUGCUUCGCACGCAACAGAGCUGGCUCAUACUCCUCAUGGCCUGCCGAAAGGAACCCCCUUCCGCACAGGAUCCUUGAGUCACCCUCAUAUGAUACCUCACCAUGCAUAA